CGCUGGCCCGGAGUCCCGCGAGGCGCGCCACCACCACCGGGGAACUACAACUCCCGGCGCUCGCGGCCAUCUCUGCCAGAAGCCCUUGGCCCCGGCACGAAGAGUCACCGGGAGACGCAGCUGGGGGCGCGUGGCAGCAAGCGGCAUGGAACCUGGGGUCGCUGACGGCUGCUUCCUGGGCGACGUGGGUUUCUGGGUGGAGCGCACCCCCGUGCACGAGGCUGCCCAUCGUGGUGAGGCCCUGGAGCUGCAGCAGCUGAUCGAGAAUGGUGCCUGUGUCAACCAGGUCACGGUGGAUUCCAUCACACCCUUACAUGCAGCCAGUCUGCAGGGCCAGGCACAGUGUGUGCAGCUGCUCCUGGCUGCUGGGGCCCAGGUGGACGCCCGGAACAUCGACGGCAGUACCCCUCUCUGCGAUGCCUGUGCCUCAGGCAGCAUCGAGUGUGUGAAGCUCUUGCUUUCCUAUGGGGCCAAAGUCAACCCACCCCUGUACACAGCCUCCCCACUGCAUGAGGCCUGCAUGAGUGGAAGUUCCGAGUGUGUGAGGCUUCUCAUUGAUGUUGGGGCCAAUUUGGAAGCACACGAUUGCCAUUUUGGGACCCCCCUGCACGUUGCUUGUGCCCGGGAGCAUCUGGACUGUGUCAAAGUGCUGCUCAAUGCAGGGGCCAAUGUGAAUGCAGCAAAGCUUCAUGAGACAGCCCUUCAUCAUGCAGCCAAGGUAAAGAACGUGGACCUCAUCGAGAUGCUGAUCGAGUUUGGAGGCAACAUCUAUGCACGGGACAACCGGGGGAAGAAGCCCUCUGACUACACGUGGAGUAGCAGUGCCCCUGCCAAAUGCUUUGAGCACUACGAAAAGACACCUUUAACCCUGUUGCAGCUCUGCAGGGUGAGCUUUAGAAGGGCCACCGGUGUCAGAGGGCUGGAGAAAAUCGCCAAGCUGAACAUCCCUUCCCGGCUCAUCAAUUACCUGUCCUACAACUGAGCUGCAGGCAUGGCAGGCGGGAGCUGGCCUUGCUGAGCCCAGCGCUGUUUGUCUGAAACCCUCAAUUGCUAUAGAUGUCUGUUGGCCAUCCUGUUUUGUCUUCUCUGCAGACUCCUGGAGAAUAUUUCCAAGGCAUUGGAAAGGCGCUGCUGCCUCAGCUUCUGUGGGGGACAUGGCCCUGUUCCUGCUUUCCUGGAACUUUGCUCUAACUCUGGAGUUUCCAGCUGUCCAUUUGUCCUCUUUUCACUGAUGUUCCUCAGAAGGACUCUCAGGAAAGACUCUUCUGGGAGUACAGGGGAAGGCCAGGCAGGGCUGGGGUCCAGGGUACUGCUGUUGAUUUCCACAUGCCUGGGAGAUCCAGGAGCAUGAUGCCAUCUCAGAUUCAUUCAGCAUUAGGCGACCCUGUGCCACAGAGGGUGGGCCGUGGGAGGUAAGGUCCUGACUACGUGGCCUGGGAUGGCUGCAUUGGUGAUAUCCUGCCAUUUGGAUGCCUUUCUUCUGGAGCUGAGGAUGGGUACUUUCCAAGGUCCACCUGUGCCCAGGUGUACCCAUCACUCAGGGGCUUUGGAUGGGUCUUGUGGAGGAAGGCUCAGGGUCUUCAUUCCCCACAAGCAGCACGGUGUUUCAUAGAAAGUUUUACUUCAGUUUUAUGUCUCAACCUAAAAAGUUUAUGUCAGGGAUAAAAAAACUUUUAGAAGAUAUAUAGACUGUAACUUAGGUUUAUUUAAUGAAUUAAAAAGCAAGAUGAGCAGUCACUUCCAAAGUGAAGGAUUGUUAGGAAAUGCUUUGGAGAUCAUUUUUCUUCUUUCUAUGGUUGCCAGAUAUAGACUGUAACUUAGGUUUAUUUAAUGAGUUAAAAAGCAAGAUGAGCAGUCACUUCCAAAGUGAAGGAUUGUUAGGAAAUGCUUUGGAGAUCAUUUUUCUUCUUUCUAUGGUUGCCAGAUGAAUUCCUUCCUACCCUAAAUUUUGCUAACUCCUUGAAUCUCUGAAAUUGAUAGAUGUUGCCAGCACCCAAUGGGUAUUAUCAACCAUUGAUUCGUGCAUUCUGCAGAUACUUGUGGAAUAUCUGUUAUGCUUAAGGCGUUGUCUCGGUGCAUUGAACUGGAUAAAAUUCAGACUCAUUAUCACAGAGAGGGAAAGAAAGAAUUUUGCGAUCUCUUUCUAUAGUAAUGGAAACAAGUAAUUCCAUAUUAUAAGCUACGCAGUGAACUAUUAAGAAUAUUCAGACUGCAUUUGUCUGCCUAAGAUUCUGUAUCAUAAUAAUAAUUUUUAAAAAAGCAAAAAACCAGGGAGUUAAGCUAGGGGACGUUGCAUAAUUAGCUCAGGUAUAUAUGGUUUCUGGGGAAACAGAGAAGGCACCCCUUGUGAACACCCCAGAAAUGUGGACGUUGCUACAUUCUUCUAGACAAUAUGGAAUAGAAUGAGCCUGAAUUGGCCAAGGGAAUGUCAAGCGCACUACCCAACCAGAGGAUCUGUGCAGUUAUUUGGGGCCCCAAAUCUGGUGGAAAGUUUCAUGCCGGUUGCAGUUUUUUUUCCAUCUCACUGUUCCAGCCAUGAUUAUAUCAUUCUAUGCUGAAAGACAAGGCACUCCCAUUUGGUUACUGUCUUAAAUAGUUCUGGGUAAAUAAGUGUUUCUGACUGUACUAAUAACAAUAAUAAAAAAGAAAGCAUUG